AUGGGUGGAAGGAUUAUUGGACCUACAACUAAAGGUCGAGGUCCAUAUAAUUACAAAAUUGGUGGUCAAAAUCAUCACUUAAUAGGAACUUUAUUGCCUGCUGAUGGUGCACGACCAAAGUUUUCUGAGCUUUACAUAUAUGAUACUGAGGAUGAAAUAAAGAACAGGAAAACAGCUGCAAGAUCUGAUGGAAGAACUUACAAUUUGCCAACAACAUCAGAAGUAGCUGCACUUAUCGUAGGAGAUAUUGAUAGUGCCGACAAAAGAGAUAUAAUUAUCGAAACGAAGGGUGGAAAGCUACAACAAAUUUCCGAGCUUCAUCCUUCUUACCUCGCUAUGCAAUAUCCACUAUUAUUUCCAUACGGAGAAGAUGGAUUUAGAACAGAUAUUAUGCACAGGGAUAAGACUCCAUCAGCCGGUUCAACAGGAAAGAGGUUUAAACUCACAAUGCGUGAGUUUUUUGCAUACAGAAUACAAGACCGAGCUCUGGACGCGGCAACAAUACUAUUAUCUCGGAGGUUGUUACAACAAUUCUUAGUAGAUGCUUACACAAUGAUUGAAGCUGAAAGGCUGUCUUUUCUUAGACACAACCAACAAAGCUUGAGAGCUGCGAAUGUCAAAAAUUUAAGAGGUGCUGUAGAAAGAGGUGAAACAGAGGGAUCUUCGACUGGAAGUCGUAUAGUAUUGCCAUCUUCCUUCACAGGAGGACAUAGUUAUAUGAGAGAAAACUAUCAAGAUGCGAUGGCUAUUUGCAGAUGGUAUGGUUAUCCAGAUUUAUUCAUAACAUUUACGUUGGUUUAUACAGUUGAAUUCCAAAAGCGUGGUUUGCCGCACGCUCAUAUUUUGUUGUUCAUGCAUCAGGGAGACAAAUACCCUGUUGCUUCAGAUAUUGAUAAGAUUAUUUGUGCUGAGUUGCCUGAUAAAUCUGAAGAUCCAGAACUAUAUCAAGCAGUAAGCGAGUACAUGAUGCACGGUCCAUGUGGCUCAGCAAAUACAAAUGCUCCGUGUAUGAUUGACAAGCAAUGCAGUAAGCAUUUUCCCAAGAGGUUCAAUGAUGCAACUAAGGUAGAUGAUGAAGGAUAUCCAGUGUACAGACGAAGAGAUAAUGGAUCUAUAGUUGAGAAGAGUGGGGUUCACCUUGAUAAUCGGUAUGUUGUUCCGUAUAAUGCUGAAUUGCUUCGUAAAUAUCAAGGACACAUAAACGUUGAAUGGUGUAACCAAUCUAGAUCAAUUAAAUAUUUGUUCAAAUAUAUAAACAAGGGAUAUGAUAGGGUUACAACUGCGGCUUAUCAAGAUAAACAGAAAGAAGGUGAAGCUAAAGAAAUAGAUGAAAUAAAGAUGUACUAUGAUUGCCGAUAUAUUUCGGCGUGUGAAGCAAUUUGGAGGAUUUUUGGAUUCAGCAUACAUUAUCGAACCCCUGCUGUUGAAAGAUUAAGUUUUCAUCUACCAGGAGAACAAACCGUUUUGUUUAACGACCAUGCGGAUGUGGAAUCUGCACAGAGAGAGUGGACACCAAGAUCUAAAGGUGUCACAAUAGGACGAAUCUACCAUGUCUCACCAGGAUCUGGAGAGAAGUUCUACCUUAGAACUUUAUUGAAUUUUGUAAAAGGCGCGACAUGCUACGAAGACAUUAGAACGGUUGAUGGUUUAGUGUAUCCUACAUUCAAGGAAGCUUGCUACGCAAGGGGGUUACUUGAUGAUGACAAGGAAUAUGUUGAUGCAAUAACAGAAGCAAGUUUUAGAGAAUCAGGGUAUUAUCUAAGACAUUUGUUCUCUAUGUUACUAUUAUCUGGUAGCAUGUCGAAGCCGGAGGAAGUUUGGCAUAAGACAUGGCAGUUAUUAUCUGAUGACAUACUUUACAAGCAGCGUUGUCUUCAAAAAAAUAAAGACCUGCAUUUAACCGAUGAUCAAAUCGAAUCUUUUGCAUUGGCUGAGAUUGAAACCAUGCUCCAAAGUAAUGGUAGCAGCUUGCGUAGAUUCAGUGAAAUGCCGUUUCCUGAUGAACUAAUCAUAAAGAAGGGCGAAAUUGUAUUGCCAGUAGCUUCGAGUGGAAUUGCUUCUCUCCUCCUUCCACGUGGAAGAACAGCUCAUUCUAGAUUUGGUAUCCCUUUGAAUGUAAAUGAAAAUUCUACUUGCGCCGGAAUUCGCCCUGGGUCGGAGUUAGCUGAUCUUCUCAUUAAGACAAAACUUAUCAUUUGGGAUGAAGCUCCGAUGAUGCAUAAGUAUUGUUUUGAAGCACUUGAUAGAAGUUUGAGGGACAUAAUGAGGUCUGUUGAUAGGGAUAACUUGCAUCGACCAUUUGGAGGUAAAGUGGUAGUAUUCGGUGGUGAUCUCAGGCAGAUAUUACCAGUUGUACCAAAGGGAAGUAGGCAGGAUAUCGUGUUCGCCACCGUUAAUUCGUCUUACUUAUGGGAUUCGUGUAAGGUCCUUAGACUUACUCGCAAUAUGAGAUUACAAUCAGGUUCCUCAAAAUCUUCUGUUGAUGAAUUGCGAGAAUUCUCAGAGUGGAUACUAAGCGUUGGAGAUGGAAAUGCUGGCGGUCCUAAUGAUGGUGAAGCCGUCAUCGAGAUUGCAAAAGAUAUCCUUAUAGAUCCCGGGGACAUCCGAUUUUAG